UUUACGCAUUGCUCUAAAAACGAUUGCGAUUUGCGACUGCGACACAAACUCGCGAAACGAAAAUCAUACUUUGACGUUGACAGGUUGUAAUAACGGAUUGAAAAUUGAAAAUUGAAAUCGGCAUUUCGCAAUGGAGAUGGAGCUACUGUGAGUUGAGUUGAGUUGAGUACAAAACUGUGUUAGAUGAUGUGAUUGUUAUGGUGGCUUUGGAAUAGGUUCAAAAUACAUAACAACUAGUGAAGCAUACUGAUCAUAGGUGUUUAAGCCUAUCUUUUAUACUACAAUGAGAAAGUAGAAUAUACAUUUUAUAUACUGUACAGAACAUGCAACAAAAUAUCUGAUCUGAGAAGAGUUUGGCAACUGUGCCUUAAUCAUAGAUCACACUGAUAAAGACAAAAAGACCACAGACUGCACCUGCAGAGAUAUCUGUAAUGGAAGACGUUGUAGUGAAGAAAGAAGAUAAUUCUGGCACCAUGUCAAGUGCUAUGAGAUUGGUUUUUGAAGAUGACAAUUUCAUAGACACUAUCAACAAUGAAUGUAUAUCUAGUGAUAAUGCAAGACUACGAGAUAAUGCUACUUGUAAAGAUCUUCUUAAGAAUACUGUAGCUUCCUGCACAACAGUUACAGAACAUGUGACAGAAACACAGAAUAUUAUAAAAUGUGAAAUUUUUAAAUGUACACUAUGUUUUGAAGACUUUACACAAGAAAUUGAAUAUAAUCUGCACAUGAUUAUUCAUCACCAGAAUGGCGACAGCAAUGCAGCAUAUGAUGAAUACCAAGUGUGCGAGUCACAGUCAGCUGUGGGAUGCAGCUUGGACUCACCUGUGGUGAAGAAUGAGACAGGAUUUCAGAGGCUAAACGAUGACUUUCCUUCUGUAACUUUGGCACCAGAUUUAGUUUCCUUCGCAUAUACGUUUACCGGUGCAGUGGUGACAUGGCCUUCGCCGGCUAUUCCAAAAUUCAAGAACGGUGAAGCAGGAAUAACGAUAAGCGAUGCGCAGAGUUCUUGGGUGGUAUCACUGUUACCGUUGGGUGCGUUGCCGGGCUGCUACCUGGGCAAGGUGCUGAGCGAGCGCGCUGGGCGACGACUUACCAUCUACAGUGCUGCCGUGCCGGGGUUCUUAGGUGCGAGCAUAAUUCUGUUUACAAAAAGUCCAGAGCUCAUGUACUUCGCUCGAGUUUUGAUCGGAAUAGCAAAUGGAAUUACAGCUGUUGUCACAAUGAUAUAUCUGACAGAGAUAGCUGACAAAGAGAUUCGAGGUGCACUAGGAAUGCUUGUGCAAGUAAUGAAUAAUUUGGGAAGCCUGGCUGUGUACGGCAUAGGGCCGUUUGUAUCCUACACAGUGCUCAACUCUAUGGUGCUCUUCUUGUCUGUGUUCUACGCUGUGAUUUGUCUAUGGGUGCCGGAGUCCCCGUAUUACCACUUGUCGUAUGGCAGGUUGGCUGCGGCUAAGAAGGAGUUCAUGACAAUAAAGGGAACUAAGGAUGAAGUGUGGGUAGACGAACAAAUAAACGUAAUGCGUCGCCACGUUCAGGAAAGUAUGGAGAAUAAAACCACGUUUGCAGAAUUGGUGACCAACACCAAAUAUAGAAAGGCGAUUUAUAUCAUAUCAGGUCUCAAAGUGUUACAAUACAUGACGGGCAGUUUGGCCAUCCAAGCAUAUUUGGAGAUCAUAUUCAGACAGAGCAGUUCGAUAUCGGGCCCCUACGCGAGCAUCGUGUACGGAUUUGUGCAGCUUGGGGCAGGAAUCGGAGCAACAUUUCUGGCUGGGUACUUCGGCCGCAGAGUCCUAAUGUUGACUUCCAGUUUCGGGGUAGCCGUCUCCUUGACUAUAGUAGGAUUGUAUUUCUUCUUACAAGACUACAUGCACGUAGGGCCGGGAACUUUGUCCUCUAUAUCAGCGAUGCCUCUUGUUGGAGUGUUAGGUUUUAACAUUUUAUAUGCAGCGGGUAUAGGGAAUUUGCCUUAUGUAAUGCAAGCAGAGUUAUUUCCCUUAAACGUUAAGACUACUGCAUCGAGCGCGGCGACUAUGAUGGCUUGUAUAUUAAAUUUCUUCGUAACGAAGUCUUACCAAGGUAUUAAGGAUGGGUUCGGACAUUUUACAGUUUUCUGGUCGUUUGCCAGUAUAGCAUAUGCCGGGAUAUUGUUCAUAUACUUCUACGUGCCGGAAACGAAGGGCAAGAGCUUGGAGGAAGUUCAGGACAACAUGCGAAUAGAAAACGAGGACGCAGAGGCGCUCAAAAAGUCGGAAAUUAGUUGAUAAGUUGUUAAAAAUAUAGUUGUUUUGAAGGUACUUUUUUACCGUUAAUAAAAACUUGAUUGUGUUUUGGUGUAGGUGAAUUAAUUAGCAACCAGGUGAGGCGACUUUUGAGUAGGUAUAUAGUUUAUAGGUUUGCAGUGAUGUGAUAUAUCACGUCACCGCAAGCGCCAAUCACAAACCGAUACCUUGCAGCGAAUGACGUCACAGUUUAUGAUUGGCGUGUGCGGUGAUGCGAGUAACCUAAUAGUAAGCGCGUUAUCAACUGAAUCGUCGGGUAAUCAAUUCUGUCUAUCUAUCUAUUGACAUUUACAGCCAUAAGGCUAAGCUGCUAGUCAGUGCGUUAUCAAAUGAGAAAUAAUUGAUGCCCUGUGGCUCGGUUGAAAAUGCGUUCUGAUGAUAUUAGUUUUAUUGAUAUUAAUUUUAAUCUUUAGUAAAAAUAUUUACCAAAGUGAAAAGUUACAAAGUUAUUGAAAGUUUCCAUCACUAGUGCCUUUAUUAUUUUAUUUACAGCUUGGCAACUUCGUUCGUAACACUCCCGAUGUUGCGCGCAGGUCGCGGGGGGCAUGUAGCGAUGAAUGAAAACCCACGACUGAUGCACGUCACUUCCCCGCACGCACGAUUUCGCACCCGCGCGGUCUUUUCACCCGACGCCCGCAUAUCAUGGGAGUGUUAUUAAUGAACUUGCCAGACUAUAGUAAUACAAAUUUAUUUGAACAAUCUGUCGUGCUGUAGGUGUUAAUAACACCUACUAAUUUUGAAAUUUCUUAUUUGUUAUCUGCACUUUCUAUUGUUGCAUGCAGUGGCGUAGCGAGGGUUUUUGCUGCCCCUUCUCCAAUUCCAAUUAUUGUCGUUAUCAACCCAUAUUCGGCUCACUGUUGAGCUCGAGUCUCCGCUCAAAAUGAGAGGGGUUAGGCCAAUAGUCCACCUCGCUGGCCCAAUGCGGAUUGGCAGACUUCACACACGCAGAGAAUUAGGAAAAUUCUCUGGUAUGCAGGUUUCCUCACAAUGUUUUCCUUCACCGUUGAGACACGUGACAUUUAAUUUCUUAAAAUGCACACAACAGAAAAGUUGCGAGGUGCAUGCCCCAGACCGGAUUCGAAUCCACACCCUCCGGAAUCGGAGGCAGAGGUCCAUAUUCACUGGGCUAUCACAGCUCAUGUAUGCUAUAUGUAUGCGAUUGUUAUGCAAAAUUAAUUUUAGUAAUGCGUUUUCAGGUAAGUACAUAAUCUGUAAUACAAUACAUUACUUUGUAAAGGUAUCGAGAGUUCUUAUCAUUGGACCUGACCUUGCGUUUAGUAUAUUUAUAAUUAUAUUGUUUGCAUCUCUAUUGUUAUAUUUGUUUGAUUUUAUUGUUUGAAUAAUGUUGACGGCAAACUCCCAUCACUUUAAUUGAAGAGGCAUUAAUAUUUUUAACUGCUAGUUUUAUCAGAUUACAGAUACUGCCUUUUGAUAGUAAUAUCUAUACAAUUAAUUGUAAGGGAUAUUUUAGCAUUCUAAAUGUAAUUUUAAACAAUUUUAUAUAAUUUUACAGGCAUUAGAAAUUAGGGAUUUUGAAUGCUAGAAUAAAAUCUGAAAAAUCCUAGGUUCAACCAUCUGCAUAUACCUUAGUUUUUAUGAAAAAAGAUUUUAUAUACGAUGAAGUUUUUAUCAUUAGAACCACUGCCACAGUACCUAACAGUGUGCUUACUCGAGAAUUCUAUGAAACAACGCUCGACUCCUUAAUAUUGAGCAAUAGUAGAGUAAUAAAUAAAAUAGUAUUGAAUUGUGGAACAUAGAGUAACUUUGGUGUACUCCAAGGUAUUGCAGUUAAUGUAGUCGUGACGUCAUAAUUGACCAAUUUUGCAUAGAGCGAUUUUCUAUGCCUGUUUAAAUCCACCUUGGAUACACGCUUUCGGAAAAGACAGGGAACCAUACAAUAUGAUCAAUAUUUAUUGUUAAAUUUUCGAAAUAUUAUUGUAAAUGUAUGUGUUUGUUUUUAUAAAAUAUUGUUUAAAUAAAAGUCAUAAUGUGACCAAAAGAUUUUUAUUUCACCGAAUAAUAAUAUGAAAUAAUACAUCUGAUUAACUUAGUAAGGUUAUACAAAAGUUACUACUUUGGUUAUAGGCAGGGAGCUGGUGGCAAAUUUGUUGUAUUUUAUUAUUAAAGUUUACACAAUAAAAU